AUGACAUACGCAGAACCUAUAAGCCUAUCAGGAGAGUAUGCUGGCCACUCCAUUCAUUUCUCAAAAGAGGAAAUAAGGAACCCCAAAUUUGUCAAUGGUAAAGAGUUUCCAUACUUUUUGAGACUAGACCAGUCCGAAGGAAAACUUUCCCUGGAUACCAUUGUUGGCUUCCUGUCCAACGCUUCCAAGACUGGCUUGAUCGACCAGCUGCUCACGGAUCAUGGAGUAUUGGUACUGCGAGGUUUGGGAGACUCAUCCCCAGAGGCUUUUUCCAAAAUCAUCAAUGCUAUUGAGAGGUCUAGAGGGAGAGUUCCUUACGAGGAAGUCGGAAGAGCAAGUAUCAGAGUUGAGAAGGGAUUGAAUGUUUUCACAGCAAAUGAAUCCCCUCCAGACAGGAAGCUGUACCAGCACAGUGAAUACGCCAGAUACACUAGGUUCCCCUCGAACAUUCACUUUUUCGGUAACGUAGCAGCUCCUGAGGGAGGGGAGACCCCAUUAGCACAUCAAGGUGAUUUGUUCAACCGUUUGCAGGCUAAAUACCCCGAGAUUGUCUCGGAGCUUGCCAAGAGAGGCCUCAAGGGUAGCUACUUGCACCCGGCAAAGGGAAAUGAAAUCAACGGUAAUGAGUUUACGUGGGAAGACCCACUGGGGUUUGGCCAAGAAAUUUUGCAGACCGACUCUAUAGAGGUCAAAAAAGUCAAGGCCGAAAAGCAGGUAAGAAGAAUAACUCCUGAAUUCAGAUGGCUUGAUAAUAACGACCUGGAAGUCACGCAGUCUAUACCAGCAUUCCGUGUUCAUCCAGUAACUGGUAAGCCGGUUUGGUUCAACGGUCUGCUAUUGUCUGCGGGGGAGCUAUUUGACAGUGAAAGCCGAAGUAGCUCCAAGUACACUCUCACCUCGAACGCUGCCAAGUAUACUCAAGCAUACUACCAAGAUGGAGAGGCUGUUCCUGAUGAUGUUUUGAGAAAAAUAUAUGAGUUGUCUUUGGAAACAGAGGUCUAUCACAAAUGGCAAGAAGGUGAUAUUGUGCUGAUUGAUAAUUAUCAAGCUUCGCACGGCAGAUUGCCAUGGUCGGGAGGAGACAGGAAAGUUUUGAUUAGUAUGUGGGACGUGGAAGACGAUAAUUUGAAACCUAAACCAUGGGUUAGCAGUUGA